GGUCCGUCACUCGUGGAAGAGUGUCUCGGAGAGUGACUGAGGCGCGCGGCGCGUCACGAGGGCGUCCGCAGUUGGAGACACACGGCGAGGAGCAGCGGGAGACCGCAGCGCCCGGAGGACCCGCUGUCGGCCGGGACCCACGCGUGGGUGGAGAGUUAGGAGUGUCAUGAAGUUCUCGCCCUCAAUGAUGUUUGUGUCCCCGGCUCUGGAUGUCCUUCUCGUCGUUGUCAUUGGGCUGCACGGGGCUGCCCCGCGAGCGCAGGAGGACGGCCACGCGCCCCCCGUGGGGAAGAGGUCCCUGUCCGAACCCGGGACCACCGUGCUGCUGCCUUUCGACACCCCUGCCCUGCCCAACCACCUCCCGGAGGAGCCGCACGCGGGGCGCGUGCUGCCCGCGCGCAUGUCCCCAGGGACACCUGGAGAUGUGGGACGGGUCACGAGCGCCCCUGUCCACGGAGCCCCUACGGAGCCGUUCGCCGUGACAGGGACCCCCGCAACGACCCCGUCCAACGUGCUAACGGGCCCUUUAACGACCACGGGCAGCACCGGGUCGUGGAGAGGUCCCUCCGUCCCCGCGAGAGAGCUUCUGUGCAACUGCAGCGGGGAGGGGAUCCUGGAUCCCGAGGACUGUGACCAAGCCACGGGCCACUGCUUCUGCCUGCCGGGAUACACGGGCCCCCAGUGCGAAGCCUGCGAAGACGGACACUUCAACAACGGCUCCAGCGGCUGCCUGCCCUGCGCUUGCGACUCCUUCGGAGCGGUCAGCCCCCUCUGCGACAGCACCGGGACGUGCAUGUGCAAGACGGGCGUGUACGGACCCAAGUGCGACGACUGCCACCCGGGGUACUUCCGCUUCAGCAGCACGGGAUGCCAGCCCUGCCAGUGCCACAACCACUCCAGCUACUGCCACCCACAGUCUGGCAUCUGCCUCAACUGCCAAGGCAACACGAAAGGACCCGGCUGUGAGGAAUGCAAGUACAAUUUCUACAGGAGGCCUGGCGCCGCCCCGACGGACGUGUGCGUCCCCUGUCCCUGCUCCACGGUCACCUCCACCGGCAGCUGCCACAUCGACGCCAGCGGACGGCCAGUGUGUGACCAGUGCCGGCCGGAGUACGAGGGUCCCAAUUGUGACCGCUGCAGGGAUGGUUUCUACAACUCAGACAGCAUCUGCCUGCCCUGCGACUGCAACGGAAACGCGGAUCCCCAGGCCUCACCCCGCAUCUGCGACCCGGAUACAGGCCGUUGUCUGAGCUGUGUCAACCACACGGCUGGCUCCCGGUGCGAGCGCUGUGCAAAGGGCUACUCUGGCGACGCCCUCGCGCACAACUGCACCCCAAUAGCUGUAAAAAUCCUCCCCGCUCCGGAUCGUUUGACGAGUACAACGGCAGCCACAAACAGUGCAGCCUUCAGCCCGGCUGUUCCCCCUGCUAGCCGAACCAUGACCACCAGGGCCAACUCCACCAGCCUUCCGGCUUCGGUCACCACACAGGCAAUGGUCACCAGCCUGAGCAGCCCCGCAGACAACUCCACACUUCCUGAGGUCUCCUGGACGCAGUUCAACGUCAUUGUUUUGGCUGUCAUCAUCGUGGUGGUGGUGUUACUCAUGGGCUUCGUGGGUGGGGUCUACACCUACCGCGAAUACAGGAACCGCAAGUUGAACGCACCCUUCUGGACCAUAGAGCUCAAGGAGGACAACAUCAGCUUCAGCAGUUAUCACGACAGCCUGCCCAAUGCGGACGUCUCGGGCCUCCUAGAGGACGAAGCCAGUGAAGUGACGCCCAACGGCCAGCUGGCCCUCAGCGCCCCAAUGAAUAUGUACAAGGCUUAACAUUCCUGGUGUCUUCGCCCAGACAGCACCCUGGCCACCCCCACUCAAACUGAGUACAGGUGGAACAACCAGAGGGAAUUUAAAGAGUUUGAUGUAAGUGGAGUUGGCCAGACUAUGGGACUUGUCUCUCUGGUGGAGUGCAACUGCCUUCAGAGAACUACGACAUGGAAGUGCAGUACUUACAGAGACAAUCCUUGAGCACAUAGUUCCUUUGACCUGGAGUGUCAUGGCACAUAAAACAUUGCACAAGAACACAAAAGAGGAACCUCGUUAAUAUCACAGUACUGAGAUACAAUCAGCUAUAAUUGCUGGAAAGUGGCACAGUGAGCUGGAUUUUGAGCUGGUUGGCUUGGGUUCAGUCAACUUGGGUUGGGUUAAAUUGUUUGGGUUAGAUGUGGUUGGGUUGGGUUGGGGUGGACUGGAUUAUAUCAAGCUAGGUUGCAGGAAGACAACAUGGGUAGGCACAGUUAAACUUUGCCCAUCAGAGCACAUGGAACACAUCUCACUGCAGCAAGAAACCUGCAGAAGACACCUCCUCCCCAGUGUCCACAUCUGUUGAGAACUUUACAGAAACAAAGCAAAGCUGGAGGAGAUAGGCUGGAAUGUUCACAUACACCUUUUCAUUAUGCUUUUCUCCAAAGCAACUUAGAACUAUAUACCCAAUCAUACAGCUGGGUUAUCUUACUAGAGCCUUUUAGGGCAAAUACAGAGCUUAAGGGUCCUAUAGCUGGAGGGGAGGCUUGAACCUGCCACGUUUGGGUCCAAAGGCAGCAGCAGCUCUAGCCGCUACACUAUCAGCUCCCCGUGAUGCAGAUAUGCACACAUACAUGCUGUACACACUGACACAGGCGCAGACAAAAAUACUAACCAUCGGGUCACAAGUCUUGCCCACUCAUUUCUGACACUUGGGGGGUUAUGUGGCACGACCCACCCUAGAGAAAAGGAACUCUACAAGAAUACUUUAACCGAUGCUAGUAAAUCGAUGCAUAGAUGCUUCAGUUGAAGUGCUGCUGAGAAAUGUUAAGAAGCUUUUAGUUCCAUUUCCUUCCUUGCCAUAAAAGGCACAACUAAUAGCACCGAUGUUAAAGUAGCACGGAGGUCCUGCUCUUCCUGGAGAGACACGUGGGUUCAGUUGUGAAGGACCGAAACGCAGUUUGACCUCGAGACCGAACGAGGAUGGACUGGUGUGAAGCAUCUGUAACGUUGUUCUUUUUUUGUGUGUGUUGUUCAUUUUUUUGUCUCAUAUUUAUUCUUUUCUUUUGCACAUUUUCUUUUCCAUCUCAGUGGAACAUUUGUUUGCGCUCAGUGUGAAAAGCACAGCCUGUUUCCUCGUCCUGUGCAAUCUGAGCAUCUUCCGGGAGGAAAAAGGAUGGGUUCGCCAUCCUCAGCAUCUUCUAGAGUGCCGUGCAACUGGAGGAGGAAAGUGUUCGGAGAGCGAGUUACUCUGUUUUUUUCUCCAUCAGUUCCCUCCACAGCUGCCCCGUGGAGCAGCUCACGGGAAGGGGUGGGUGGUGGGGAAUCACCUGGGUGGCGAGUGGUAGGAAUCCUCUGCGCGAGGAACCGGAACCCGUGGCCUCGUCCCUUGUUCUGGACAACUGGGCACCUCCUCUCGAGCCGUCAUGUGAACAGAGGGGCCUAGGAUGAGGGGAAUCUGAGGCUGCCAGACUGACUCCAUGCCCCCGUUGCUGCUGUGAGGGAUAAGAGAUAUCUGAUAAUUAAUAAUAAUAAUAAUAAUAAUGAAGGAGAACAGAACCACACAAUCGGCCAGUCCACGUGUGCUGCUCCUCUCCCCGACGCAUCUGUAGCUGUAAAUAAGAGAAUGAUGUACAUUUGGGUGUAAAUAAGAGUUCGAUGAUGUACAGUGGGAUGUAAAUAAGACUAAGGGGUGCUGCGCAGGCACAUGGGGCGACUUGCUCUCCUGGGCCGGGAACUGAGCGGGGACAUGGUUUGUCAUGAAGAUAAGCUGCUCACCCAUCUGCGCCCCCCCUCCCGCCCGCCCGCCCCGACCGACACAGGGGAGACGCUCGUUAACUCUCAUUUCAGCUAAUAGCAAGGUGUAUAUAUGGUGAACUAAUAUUGAAUAUGCUGUAUUUAAUAAAAAGAGAACGGUGUUUGGUUGGU